AAAAAAAACCAAUAAUACCCCCUUCUCUUAUUUCAUUGUUUUUUUUCCGUCUUCAAUCGUUCGUCUGGUCCGUCUCAACUUUCGCAUGACGAAGAUAUAUAUCAAAAAGUAAAAAGUUCACAUUUCCUGUCCUUUCCCCUUUCACGGGUUAUGAUAAUAGCUCCAAACGACAUCGAUAAGCGUAUGCGCUGGCGCCCUGAGGCACUUGUCAACUUCAAACUGCGCCCCCUCGACUGCAUUUCAGCCCUGAGCAUCCCAUCACAAUUAGGUGUCAUUCUUUUACACUACUCACGUCUCAUCUUACUUGCAUAAAAAAGUCGGACACUCCUUAGGGCCGGAGAGAACCUGUAAAUAUCCAGCUGCCCCCAGGCCAUAUCCUUCGCAUUACAACAACAGUAGUUCUUUAAGUUUAGAGCUUUUAUUUUGGCUUUAUACAUACGUACUCCUGCAUUGCAAUCUUUUCUUGGCCUGGCUGGGUAAAGCUGUGUAUUUGCAAUGCCUCCCAAUUCAUCUGCUGCAUUAAAGAAGCAGCAGAUCACUCUUGCGCAAUUGUCAUCGUAUGAUGAUAUCCUCACCGAUGCCUUAGUCGACCAUGCGUACUACUGGACCACAAUCCCUAAGAACCGCCCAUCUUAUCACCCUUCGAGAGGAGUGAAAGAAGAGGAAAUCACCAAGAUCAUUCAAUCUCACCUUAUUGUCGAUCCGGAUCUCGAGACUGCCGAGUCUAAACUCCUUGCGACAGACGGAUUGCGCAAAUUCCACGAUGCGCUCAAGACUCCGAAAGAAAAAGCUGACUUCCGCGCUCAUCUCCGCCGGUACAUGCAAAUCUACCUUCCGGACUGCCCUUUUGAGGUCAGCUCGACAAAUCGAUACACGAUUGUUACUCACGAGGCGGCGGUGACUGCGCGCAAGUUUGUUAAGAAGGGCCAGCCGAUUAAGUAUCUAUCGGGCAUUCAGGUAUUAAUCACGGAGAAAGAGGAAAGAGAACUCUCGAAAAGAAAGAAGGAUUUCAGCAUUGUUGUCAGUGCAAGGAACAAAUGUGCAAGUUUGUUCAUGGGACCUGCGCGAUUCGCCAACCAUGACUGCGAUGCCAAUGCCCGUUUGAUGAUUACUGGCCAGGCAGGAAUUGAGAUCAUUGCUGCUAGGGAUAUCGAAGUAGGCGACGAGAUUACUGUCACAUACUCUGAGAACUAUUUUGGCGCCGACAACUGUGAAUGUCUAUGUCGGACUUGCGAGGACAAUUUAGUGAAUGGAUGGGCACCGGCCGAUGGCACUAUUGCCGUCAAAAAGAGCAUCGAGUCAACUAUGGCAGAGGGUUACUCGUUACGCCAUAGGAGACGAGAUGAUAGCUGCGCGUCUACUUCCCGAACUCCUUCAGUCACCCCUGACAUCCGACCUCGAAUCCUAAAGACGCGAUCCAGGACGUUAAAGGUCGAUUCUGACACCGGCUCUACUUUCGGGUCUCCGGCACCACAGGACAUGUUACGCCAAAAGCGGAAGCGCGAAUUCGAAUCGCUACAAUCACCACCAGUUACUCCCAAUAAAAAGCUAAAGUCAUUACAGUAUGAGGUCGAGGCUCUACCUGUUCCUCCAACCUUGUCUAGACGCAGUAGCGACGAAAGUUCCGCUAGCACUACCUCCUCCGAAAGGGAGAGUGUGGAUAUGGUUCUAACAGAUGUUACAACUCCCGAAGAUGUCAAAGACCCCAUCCUAAAAUCACCGACACUAACACCUGCAAAACUAUCAACUACUUCUCUUAAACAGGAGGAUUCAGAUGCGUCCUCACUUUCCGAAAUUAUAUAUAACCCUUCAAGCCCUGAAGCCCAAGACUCUAUAGCCGUAGCACCAUUGCCUACCGUCGAGACUGUAGGUCAAACGAGUAAUGAUAUGAUUACUCCCCCGUCCAGCCAAGUUGAAGAGCCGCCAUCGGACAGCAUCGUACUCCCAGCGGCGAUCGUUGCCAUUGCAGCUAUCUCCAAUUCGGCACAAGCUGCUACCUCUACCCUUGAGGAGGCGGAACUCUCGGUUUCAACGCAAGAACCUAGCCCAAAACGAGGUCGCCCCAGAGGUAGAGCGUCGAAGAAUGAGCUUCCAGCCGUAAGCCACGCAGCUGAAGAGUCCGGACCUUCAAAACGUACUCGAACGCCAGGGGAUUAUACACUUACGCCAGUGCUACUUUCUGAGCCUAACACUGCCUGGAUACAUUGCACUGUGUGUAGCGAGCCAUUUGUUCAGCAAAAUGCUUAUUAUACGCGAAGUUCUUGUCCGCGAUGCGAGCGUCAUUCUAAGCUCUAUGGUUACCAGUGGCCUAAAACUGAGAAAGAGGGUAAACAUGACAAGGAGGAACGCAUAUUAGAUCACCGUACAGUCCAUCGAUUCUUAACCGCAGAAGACGAAGCAAGAAUCCGUGGACGAAAGUUUCCUACUGCGACUACUACAGCUACUCCCGAGAAGGAGACACCAGAGAAAAGGGGAAAAGGCCGACCUCGAAAGGUAUGGUCUGAGCUAGGUUCGGACGAUGAAAUGGACGAGGACGAUGACAGGGAGCUUGACAGCAUUAGACGAAGCAUAAGGAAACGGCAACCGAGUAUAAAAGUCGCAUGUUAGCAUAUCAGCAUAUAGUGGGUUUGGCAGCGCGGGAGUGGUUGGGUUAAUUGGUUUAUCUCGAACAACAACCCGCGGUCCCUCUAUGGGACAUGUAACUUCUACCCCCCCAGGCAUAUUCCGGCGUUUCUGUGCCAUAGCGUUCUCAUCAUUCAUCGAGUUUAACUGUAUACAUAAAGUAGUUGGUAGAAAAGAUAGUUCCAAUGCUUCUGUCUAAAAUACCUACCACCUAUCCAAUAAUGCACACAAUAGUUUUAUUGCUUGAGACUUUGUUUGGAAAAUUGUUCUAUGAAUUGCCUCAUGAAUCUAAUUGCUAUAUCAUGAAGUAGAUUAUUAGGUACCUUAGUUAGAUGUACAAGUGAGUAUAGCAUUUAAGCUAAUGUCAAUCAUAUGUAGAAUGGAGAUGUUGUGAUAUUCGAUAUCAAGAUGUAC